GUUCAAAGCUUCUCCCAUCAUCACCAUCAAAAAGGCUUUAACAAUGACUCAAAUAAGGCGGCUGGCAGCUAUAAGCUUCUUGCUCGCAUUGGGAUCCAUAAUAACCGCUUUGAGCCUUCCAUUAUUAGCACCAUCACUGUUUGUCAGCGCAGCACAAGUUGAACAAGUACAAAAGUUCUUUAGCAAUCCUGAAACAACAAAUGGUCAAUACAACGAUGGUGGACAUACUAAUAAUUGGGCAGUCUUAGUAUGCGCUUCGAAGUUUUGGUUCAAUUAUAGACAUAUGGCAAACACGCUUGGGAUGUACAGAACAGUGAAGCGAUUAGGCAUACCUGAUUCAAACAUCAUUCUCAUGUUGGCCGAUGAUGCUGCAUGCAAUAAACGAAAUCGCUCUCCUGGCUAUGUUUGGAUGGAUCACGACAAAUCUUUGGACUUGUAUGGAGAAAGUGUGGAAGUCGAUUAUCGUGGCUAUGAAGUCACUGUCGAGACGGUCUUACGUGUCUUGACAGGAAGGGUGCCACCACACACACCACAAUCAAAACGAUUAGAAUCCGAUUCACGUUCAAAUGUGUUCUUGUACAUGACCGGACAUGGCGGAGAUGAAUUCCUCAAAUUUCAAGAUUAUGAAGAAAUCAGCGCUUUCGAUUUAGCAGAUGCGAUUGAACAAAUGUGGGAAAAGAGGCGGUAUAAUGAAUUAUUCUUUAUGAUCGAUACUUGUCAAGCCAAUACGAUGUAUAGCAAGAUCUAUAGUCCAAACGUUUUGGCCACAGGGAGUAGCGAAAAGGAUGAAAAUUCAUACUCACAUGGAACGGAUGAAAAUCUCGGUGUGGCAUUAAGUGAUCGAUUCACAUUGGAAGUGUUGAAUUAUAUGGAAAGCAUUAACAAAACUAGCACCAAGACGAUGAAGGACUUAUUCGAUUCAUUCGAUCCGGCCGUCAUUCACUCACAUCCUGGCGUACGUACAGACCUGCUACACAGAUCCACCGAUUCAAUUCGAAUCACUGAUUUCUUUGGCGGAGUUGCACAGGUUGAGCUGGAUCAUACUUCUGCCGGACAAGGGGUUCAAUUAACUUUUUAAUCUACAUCACCAACACAGAUCUUGCUACUUUUGCUUAAUCUCACAAGCAUGCUCAGAUGAAUGUACAAUAGAAUGUAUCUGCUUAUUGCGUACAAAUGAAUACAUAUACCCACCCAUCAUAGUGCCAAAUAAUCCUUCACCUCACUCUCUGUUAAUUUGCGGAAGCAUGGAAUUUGCUUUUGGCUCUGUCCGAUUGGUGAUUGUGUUGAUGUUCCGAUGAUACCGAUCUCGAUCGUCUUUUCCGUCAUCUGUCCCUCAAAUCCUUCUUUCAAUGUCAGCAGGGCUGUAUGGAUAGCAUCUUCUAAAGAAAUAUCGUCAUUAUACCGCUUCUCCAAGAAAGUCUUUGCAUUUGUCAUAUUUUUUCCGAUCGCACUUGCUUUCCACAUGAAAUAACUUCCAGAAGGAUCGACUUGGUAUAGAGAUGGUCCACGAGCGCUAUCGAAUCCUGCCACAAGAAGUGAAACACCAAACGGUCUCA